UGUGAGAGCUGUGAUUGGUCACAGCUUGUCACAUGGUACAAGGCUGUUGUGAAUAGCCUUGUACCAUAUUUCACUAGUAGUAAGCAAUGAUGUCAGAAGUGACAUCUUGCUUACUACUAUUCAUAUGGUCACUGAUUGGCCAAUCAGUGAUCACAUGAUCGGGACCUCACACAGAGGUCCCAUACAGCGAUUGGUGUCCCGCUGUGUCCGGAGGGAGCGCGCACAGCUUGAAAAUGCGGGCACCAUUUAUGAACAGCAACCCGCUCCUACACCGCUCCCGUCCAACCGCUUAUGUACAUGGGCCGGACAGGAAGUGGUU